GGCCCUCUCCCCCUCUCCCUUUCUUCCUGCCUCGCCUUCCUGCGGCGAAGGAGGCUCAUCUAUUAUAAAUGCACAUUCGGGGCUGACAUCAGAGGCGAGCGGCGGGCGAGCGCCGACGAGCGGUCCCUGCGCGCUUGCCCGCCCGGAGCGCGGCCCCAGGCUCCGCGGAGCAGCCCGCGGGGCGCGGGGAGCGGGGUGCGCGCCCAGAGCUGCCCGCGCCGCGCCCGACCGCCUCCCGCCGCCGCCUCGGGCCCGCGGAGGACCCCGGCCGCCGCCCCCGCACGCCGCGCCCGCGCCCCCGCACCGCCCGGGAGUUCCUGCAUGACUGUCACAAAGAUGUCCUGGCGUCCACAGUACCGCAGCUCCAAGUUCCGGAACGUCUACGGGAAGGUGGCCAAUCGGGAGCACUGCUUCGAUGGUAUCCCCAUCACCAAGAAUGUGCACGAUAACCACUUCUGCGCUGUCAACGCCCGCUUCCUGGCCAUCGUCACCGAGAGUGCAGGAGGUGGCUCCUUCCUGGUCAUCCCCCUGGAGCAGACGGGCAGGAUUGAACCCAACUACCCCAAGGUCUGUGGUCACCAAGGCAACGUGCUGGACAUCAAGUGGAACCCAUUCAUUGACAACAUCAUUGCCUCGUGCUCGGAGGACACAUCGGUGCGGAUCUGGGAGAUCCCCGAGGGCGGCUUGAAGCGGAACAUGACAGAGGCUCUGCUGGAACUGCACGGGCACAGCCGGCGCGUGGGGCUGGUCGAGUGGCACCCCACGACCAACAACAUCCUCUUCAGCGCCGGCUAUGACUACAAGGUCCUCAUUUGGAACCUGGAUGUGGGGGAGCCGGUGAAGAUGAUUGACUGUCAUUCAGAUGUGAUCCUCUGUAUGUCCUUCAACACCGACGGCAGCCUGCUCACCACCACGUGCAAGGAUAAGAAGCUUCGCGUGAUCGAGCCACGCUCGGGCCGCGUCCUGCAGGAGGCAAACUGUAAAAACCACAGAGUGAACCGAGUGGUGUUCCUGGGGAACAUGAAGCGACUGCUCACGACAGGGGUCUCCAGGUGGAACACGAGACAGAUCGCCCUCUGGGACCAGGAGGACCUCUCCAUGCCCUUGAUCGAGGAGGAAAUUGAUGGGCUCUCGGGCCUCCUGUUCCCCUUCUAUGAUGCUGACACUCACAUGCUCUACCUGGCUGGAAAGGGAGACGGAAACAUCCGGUACUACGAGAUCAGCACUGAGAAGCCCUUCUUGAGUUACCUCAUGGAGUUCCGCUCCCCAGCCCCGCAGAAAGGCCUAGGGGUCAUGCCCAAGCACGGGCUGGAUGUGUCGGCUUGCGAGGUGUUCCGCUUCUACAAGCUGGUGACUCUCAAGGGCCUGAUUGAGCCCAUCUCCAUGAUCGUGCCCCGGAGGUCGGAUUCCUACCAGGAAGACAUUUACCCCAUGACGCCAGGCACGGAGCCAGCUCUGACCCCCGAUGAGUGGCUAGGGGGCAUCAACCGAGAUCCCGUGCUGAUGUCUCUGAAGGAAGGCUAUAAGAAGUCCUCAAAAAUGGUAUUUAAGGCUCCCAUCAAAGAAAAGAAGAGUGUUGUGGUCAAUGGAAUAGAUUUAUUAGAGAAUGUCCCACCCAGGACAGAGAACGAGCUCCUUCGAAUGUUCUUCCGGCAGCAGGAUGAGAUCCGGCGGUUGAAAGAAGAGCUGGCCCAGAAGGACAUCCGCAUUCGGCAGCUGCAGCUGGAACUGAAAAACUUGCGCAACAGCCCCAAGAACUGUUAGCUCUCCGGCGGGGCGCCUUCUAAGCUGACCUCGGAUCUCCGUGGUUUCCACUCGUCCCGUAACUUCCCCUUCUCCGGGGACCCCAGAGACAGAGCCGGGACUUGAGCUGGGGACCGCCUGAGGACCCCACCUGCCGCCUCAAGGACUGGAAGCUGACCUUUGAUCUCUGGACCUCACGCUCAUGCAGUCCCCAGCCUCUGCCGGAGGGAGACCCACGGCUGGAGACCCACCCUUUCGCAGCCACCCCUGGAGCCAGCUUCUCCUCUGCGGGGCAAAGAGCACGGGCUCCCUGAGGGGUGCCCUCAGUGGACCAGGGAGCAGAGGGGGAGGCCAGGACCCCAGCAGACACCGAACUUGAACUUUGGCUGCCAGCCGGGGCUCCCAGCAUCCCUGCUGGACCGCACAGGAAGGGCUGGAUUACAGGCAUCAGCCAUUCAGCCUCCCCUCCCCGCACCUCCCUCUCUCCCCGCCCCCCCCCCCCCAACCCCCGGCAGCCAGCCCGGCAAGCCCGACUCACCUGACAAGGGUUGUAAGCAGCCCGGCUCCCUUUUGUCUCUCGCCCCCUCUCUCUUGUCUUCAGGGAAUUAAGAGGAUUGCUCGCCAAGGCCAUAAUGACCCCUUGCCUUCCCAUGAUUCUCUUCAAGCUCUUGGAACAGCCUUCUCCCAUUUGACUUGUGAGGUAGGCAGGGUAGGGAAUAGCGUCCCCAUUUCACCAAGGACAGAACUGAGGGUUGCAAUGGGGAAGUGACUUGCUAAGUCACCUGGAAGGUCAACAGUUGACCCAGGCCUGGGACCCAGUGUAUCCAGACUCAGGGCCAGGGCCCUUCCCACUGCAUCACGAUGGCGGUCGCACAGGGGCUUUGCCGGUGCCCACGUCUCUGUGGAGAAUGAGAACCGGAAGCCACUGCUACGUCUGCCCAACACCAGUAGUGCCAAUGUGUCACACUGCCUAGUUGAGGCCCUCCACACUCAGUGCCCCUCUACCCUUCUGGGCCCCCGCCUUCUGCUCUCGCUCCCCAGGGGACUCCCUCAGAUGAGGCCCCUUCCUCCUGGAAGUUGAGGCUGAGAAGGGUGGAGCUUGGCCCUGGGGAAGGCAGAGCAGGGGUCUGACCACUUUGAGGGGUGUGUCGCACGUGCGCCCCUCACCGCUUGUGUCUCCGCCACUUUCAGCCUUACACUCGUAGAACGACCACCGCCCCUCGCCCGUAUAGCACUUUAAAGUUUACGCGGUUCUCUGACACGUAGGGUCUCAUUUGAGCCUCGCAUCCGCUCCAAGAAGUAGGGAGCUUCUUCUCUCCAUUUUGCAGAUGAGGAAACAAAAGUGGCCCAAGGUCACGUGACUCUUUGAGACGCCAUAUUUCCUUUGGUCUUCUACGCAUUUGCUCUUUUGUUUCCUUAUUUUCGCCCUCCAUUGCCCACUACCCAUGGAGUCUAUAAACACUGCUCGCAGAAAAGUCACAGCCUGGGGGUGAGAGCUGGCCUGGGGGUCAAGGAACCGGCGUCCACUCUUCUCUCAUUAGCGUUAUGCCCCACACCUGCCCCACAUCCAUCCACAGAGGCCAGGGGUCCCUAAGCCCCCUCCCCAGAUGACCUGGGCCGGGAAAGCCCCUACCUUUUGGGCCUUUCCUCCAAGAACCCUCCACCCUCUCAGCCAGCUAAAGCAGGGUCUCCUCGCCUUCCACCCCCUGCAGCUAGACAGCAUCGGCUCUCAUCUCCUCACACUUCUUGACCAUUUUUUUUCUUCCCCGUGGACCUUGGGAGUCUUCUGUGAUUAUUUAUGCCGCCUCCCAAGGAUAGAAUUGAAAUAAAAUGUUUUCAACUUCUCAAA